AAGGGGACGCUCAACAGGGUACGGUCUGCUACUUCGUCCAACAUGCCAGGCGUCCGCGCCGGCCACGGAGACCAAGUGCCACGUGCUGCCAACCCUCAACUCACCGGAGAUGGCCUCUCGGGCGGCACUUCAAUGCCCUGCACCACCACAAAUGACACUGGUCCUCGGGCCAAGCAUGCGUCACAGGUAACUCCCUCCUGUGAACGUGAAAGCAGCGAGAGAGCUCACUAACGCUCGCCUUUCUGCAGGACCAAAGCAGACCCAUGAAACGUUCAAAGACUACACAUGCUGCCGGAUCAUCCACAAUAGCACCUAUGGUGAGGUCAAGGUCAAGCAUCCCGCGCCCAACUCCCGGCUCCGGCGUCUUUGUUUGCAACUCUGGUCAGAUCACCCAGCCGGCGACAUGGAGCAGCAUCUCUGUUGCUGGGUCCAACAGCCUAGGUAGCUACUUCCACCAGGACCAGGCUUUAUAUCCCGUGGACGCCUUCGCCCAGGGGCCCGCCGGCAUGGCCGGACCAUCACAGCACCCGGAGCUGGGGCUAGAGAUGGCGGUCGACGAGUUCCUUAUGACGCGUGACAAUGCAUUCUCGACCACCUCUCCGAUCGACAUCCCUUGCUCUGCCCCGCCAUCGUCACAAGAAGUCGAACAAUUUCCAGGCUCGAGCCUCCCCUCCGCCUACGGAUCCCUGACCUCAGGCCCGACCAUAGAAACAGCUCCCAUGUCGCGGCAGAAUAGCUCUAUGAACGAUGCCGCCUCGGCGAUUGCCGGAGACUUCAACGACAUGGUGAGAAUUCAGUCACAGCAGUCCUCGAAGAGUUAUCGACCCAGCCCCAUCGCCUCUCAGCCACCCCUGUUGGGAAAGAGAGCCCCCGAGGGCUCGGGCGUCAUCGUCAUGCAAGGAGGGUCGUUCUCGUACGCCCACCCGUCCUCUGCCCCCACACAAUCGCCCUUCUCCCAGCAUCAGCACUCCAUGAAGCCCUCCUUGUCCCAAUCGAGCAUCCAGUCCACUUCGUCGACCGGGCCGUCAGCUCCCGAUGCCAGCGGGCUUUCCCUGGCCCAGCACCUCUCGAUGGAGCGGUCAGUGUCGAAAGACAGCGUCAAGUCCAGCUCGUCCCUAAAACACCGUGCCAAAGAGGCUCUCGCGCGCCAAAACUACGCAGCCAAAUCUCGCCAGCUCCAGCCAAAGCCAGCAGUCGGGGCUGUGAAGCACGACACGGCCGAUCCAGCCAAUAAAGGGAAAGCCGGCAAGACCGCCAUCACCAAGACCAAGUACGAGAGACCGAGACAUCCCAAGGUUCUGUGCGGCCAGUGCAACGAGCACCCCGAUGGCUUCCGAGGCGAGCACGAGCUGCGGCGGCAUACUGAGGCCAAGCACAAGAGCAUGGUCAAGAAGUGGAUUUGCCGCGACCCAGAUCUCUAUGGUAUUCCUCACAGCGAGACGGCCGUUAAGCCACUCAAGGACUGCAAGCAGUGCUCGCAAAACAAGCAAUAUGGGGCCUACUACAACGCCGCCGCCCAUCUCCGCCGCACACACUUCAACGUCAAAGCCCGGAAGGGCGCAGCCGGAUCCAAGAACGGGAACGGACAGGGCAAGACGACGACCGAGGAAGAGAAGGAGAAGCGCGGGGGGAAGGGCGGCGGCGACUGGCCAUCAAUGAACGAGCUCAAGCAGUGGAUGGUCGAGGUGACAGUGCCCAUGGACCAGCCCGGCGCAUUGGUCCCCGACGGCACCGAGUCGGCCGGCGCCGUGGACACCGAAGAUCUCACCAACGAGUUCUCCGAGACACAAUAUAACAACGAGUCGCAGGCUGGAUUCCCCAUGGGCACGGGAGCUUGGGGGGCUUUCGACGACAUCGCCAACCUCGCCGGCCUUGGAGAGGGCCUCGGCCAAACCUCCAUCGACAUGACUGGCCCAGGGCUUUUCGGAGACCUCAACUCGCAGCUCUCUGGCCCGUACUGCCUCAACGGCCCCGCCAUGUUCUCAGCGCCGCCCCUCCAGGGCAUGUGCAUGCCCAUGCCCAUUUCGUCAGCCGGGUUCGACCACGAGAACUCGGCGGACCCGAGCGCCCGGCGGCAGCAGCAGCAGCAACAACAACAACAACAACAACAACAACAGAGCACGGCGGCAUCUUCGUCAGCAUCCUCUGCGCUGAUCAGCGGUAACAGCAGCCACGGCUACACGCCACUUGUGUCGUCCACCGCGACGCGCACGCAGGCCAAUGUCUACAUGGACCAGCUCCUCCCGCCCACCCAUGUGCAGGCGUCGCGCGACAACGUGCCCGACCUGCCGUUCGAUCUUGCAAUUGUGGCGGGGCAGUAGCCUAGGCCGCCGUUUCAUUUCCUGUUAUUAAUGCUCUUUUUUUUCUCCGUCUUCGAUCGUCGCUUGUUGCAGGGGGAUAAUUAUUCUUCCCUCAGCACUGUGAUGUCGUUCCAUUUCUUUCAUCAAUUUCUACAUGACGAGUUUAUGGAUACGAUUUUUUCUUUUGCUUGUUUCUGUUGAGAAAUGAUUUCAACUUUCUGUUUUACGUCACCUAUCUUGUCUUGGGCAGUAUCGUCCCGGUCCAUACCUCCCUCCCACCUCCCACUCCCCAACAGCCG